ACGAGGAAGAAGAAGGACAAGAAGGUUCAAGAACGAUAUGGACAAAGCAUACAAAGGCUCAGCCAACCGACGGUCACAAAAGCCGAACAAUACAAAUUCAGAGCCGGUCAUGCAAAAUAGAUGCUCGCUAUGCCACGAACUAGGCCAUAAGAAAACUAGGUGCCCGAAGCGAGACAAGUCUAAGGAUCGACCGAAAAAGCGCCGUAGGACGGGGGGAGGUGGUGAGGGUAGCACACAGGAUGGAGCACUUUCCGGGGUUGGAGGAUUUCUACGAGGAGAAGCACCGGGCCCCACAGAUUGCCAGCGGAGAGCGCUUGAAGACCCUUCGAGUCAGAGGUCACACGGCGCACAUACUGUUCGACGACCGGUACGUCCCGUACCUACGGCGGGCGAAGCUCUUGGCGUUCGUGACCAUGGCGCAGCGACCGGUGCCUCUGUACAACGCUGCUGCUCUGACGGCCCUAGUGGACCGGUGGCGUCCAGAGACACACACCUUCCACCUACCGUGCGGGGAGCUGACGGUCACUCUGGAGGACGUCGCCAUGAUCCUGGGUCUUCCUAUCCGGGGUCAGGCGGUCACAGGUGACACAGCGUCGGGGAACUGGAGGGAGAGGGUCGAGGAGUACCUUGGUCUGGAGCCUCCAGUGGCACCUGAUGGUCAGAGGCAGACGAAGACAUCAGGGGUUCCUUUGAGUUGGUUGCGAGCCAACUUCGGUCAGUGUCCCGCUGAGGCAGACGAGGCUACAGUACAGCGAUACUGCAGGGCGUACGUGCUGUACAUCUUCGGCAGUAUUCUGUUCCCUGACUCUGGUGGAGACAUGGCUUCUUGGAUGUGGCUGCCGUUGCUCGCGGACUGGGACGAGGCGGGUACCUUCAGCUGGGGGUCGGCUGCCCUAGCCUGGUUGUACCGGCAACUCUGUGAUGCUUGCCGAAGGUAAGGCGGGGACGCGAACCUAGCAGGCUGUGUUUGGUUGCUACAGGUUUGGAUGUGGAUGAGGCUUCCAGUUGGUCGGCCCAUGUGGAGGACCCAUCAGGCUUGGCCGCACCAGGAUGCAGACCGACGUCCCACUGUAGCUCACCUGUGGGAAUCGGCCCCAUCUCCAGUAGUAGGCCGCAGGAAUUUGGCGUACUACCACUACACAAACGAGAUGGACUACCUACAGCCAGAACAUGUGGUGUGGAUGCCAUAUCAGGCACAGGAAGUGCUCGAGCUAGAACUGAAUCCCAUGUGCCAUAUAGAGGAUGCGUUGAAGACCCUACGGUGCCCACUGAUCUGCUUCUAUGCAGUGGAGUUCCAGAUGUGCCACCGCGUGAUGCGGCAAUUCGGGAGGCUUCAAACAAUCCCGCACCGUUUCUCCACGAGUAUCGACCUACACAAGGUGGACCGUCGGAAGAACAAGAAGGUGACUGAUUGGGCUUACUACCAUCAGGAUCAUAUCACGCAAUGGGAGAAGUUCGAGGAGAAUGGAGUACCAGACCAGGGUCAGCACAACGGGACGGAGUUCGACUUGUACUUGGCGUGGCUCCACAGGACCUACCGUCUUGUCCUACGUCCGGCUUGGACACUAGCCGACAUAGCGGAUGACCCCGAGGAUGUUGAGGAGCAGAACGAGUACGAUACUCGUACCCGUCUAGGUACCACGGUCGAGACGGGACCUGUUCGCGACAGAGUGGCUCGAGAGCUCUUGCGGACCGUCAACGACGCGGGAGUGGCGCUAGGCACGGCUCCUGGCUCCGAAGGAGAGGGCGGCACCCUCCGCAACGCCCUACAGGUAAUCGUUGGAAAGAGAUGAAACUACGGUGUUUUCUUCCAAAAGCGAUAACU